AUGGCUCAUCAUCAUCAUCUUCUCCUCCCAUUGAUCCUUGUCCAAAUUCUUUUCCUCAUCCUCCCAUCAUCAUCCUCCCAUGCAGCAACACAAGCCAUAUUCUCGCAGCCUCUCCAACUCCUCUUCGGCGGCCAAAGCCUCACCGACGGUGACUUAACUUUAUCCCUAUCCAAUGAUUGUGGCCUUAUCCUCCACAAAGCCAGCAUCCCCGUCCUAGACUUCAACACAAGCACCACCACCUCAUACUGUGCCCUCUUCGUCAGCGAAGACGGCCAACUCAUUCUGACGGCAAAACUUGGUAUCUUCGGUCCUGCCAUCUGGAACAAUGGUGUCACGCCUAAAACUUUCUUUGAUAUGAACAAACCCAGCCUAGACCUUAACCAUGAAGAACUGAAGACAGCUGGUUCCACAGAUUACAUUCUUUUCUCUGGUAACAUUGCCACUGGCAGUGCAAAUGGUGAUGUUGUUAUUGCUCAAAAUGGCAAUAUUUCAACUGUUAUUACUAAAAAGUGUGCACUCGCUGUAAAGGAUGAUACUGGUAAGACUAUAUGGUCUACAUGGCCAACGAGUGCUGAACCAACACAGUGCUUCCUUGAGCUUACGUCUCAUGGAGAGCUGCUUCUUCAAGGGUAUAAUGAAUCUGGAGUUUAUACACAGUGGAAAGGUGGAUAUACAGCGAGAGAGAAUCUAUAUGUUUGUCUUCUUCGGUAUUUUGGUCGGAUUGCUAUUUAUGGACUUAAGACUUGGCUUUAUCAAGAUGGUUCUUCUUCUGCUGGUGCUGUUGCCGCUGUUGUUGCUGAGAAGAUUAAGAUGGUCACUGCUUAG